AUGAAGUUGUAUGUAUUUCUUGUCAAUACUGGAACUACCCUAACAUUUGACACUGAACUUACAGUGCAGACUGUGGCCGACCUUAAGCAUGCCAUUCAAAGUAAAUACAAGAUUGCUAUUCAACACCAGGUGCUAGUCGUCAAUGGAGGAGAAUGUAUGGCUACAGAUCGAAGAGUGUGCACCUACAGCGCUGGGACGGAGACAAAUCCAAUUUUCCUUUUUAAUAAAGAAAUGAUCUUAUGCGAACGUCCACCAGCUAUUCCUAAAACUACCUUUUCAACAGAAAAUGACAUGGAAAUUAAAGUUGAGGAGUCUCUUAUGAUGCCUGCAGUUUUUCACACUGUAGCUUCAAGGACGCAACUUGCAGUGGAGAUGUAUGAGAUCGCCAGGAAACUUUGCUCCUUUUGUGAAGGUCUUGUUCAUGAUGAACAUCUUCAGCACCAGGGCUGGGCAGCUAUCAUGGCCAAUUUGGAAGACUGUUCAAAUUCAUAUCAAAAGCUUCUUUUCAAGUUUGAAAGUAUUUAUUCAAAUUACCUGCAAUCCAUAGAAGACAUCAAGUUAAAACUUACUCAUUUAGGAACAACGGCUUCAGUAAUGGCCAAGAUUCCACUAUUGGAGUGCCUGACCAGACAUAGUUACAGGGAAUGUUUGGGAAGACUGGAUUCUUUACCCGAACAUGAAGGCUCAGAAAAAACAGAAAUCAAAAGAUCCACUGAACUGGUGCUCUCUUCUGAUAUGUCUCAAACAACUAACAAAUCAUUAUUAACCUCAUUUCACAAGUCAAUGGAACAUGUAGCACCAGAUAAUGCAGAAGCUGAAAGUGGCAAAGAGAUUAGGGAAUCUUGUCAUAGUACUGUCCAACAUGAUGAAUCUUCAGUAGAUCCAAAAGACAGCGAUCUGCAUGUUUUCAAUGUGUCCUUAUUAGAUUGGAUAAAUGUUCAAGAUAGACCCAAUGAUGUGGAAUCUUUGGUCAGGAAGUGCUUUGAAUCUAUGAGCAGACUUGAUCCAAGGACUAUUCGACCAUUUCUAGCAGAAUGCCGUCAGACUAUUGCCAAACUUGAUCAUCAGAAUAUGAAAGCCAUUAAAGGGCUUGAAGAUAGACUUUAUGCCCUGGACCAGAUGAUUGCUAGCUGCAGCAGACUGGUGAAUGAACAAAAAGAACUUGCUCAGGGAUUUUUAUCUAAUCAGAUGAGAGCCGAAAACUUGAAAGAUGCAUCUGUAUUGCCUGAUUUGUGCCUGAGUCAUGCAAAUCAGUUGAUGAUUAUGUUGCAAAAUCAUAGAAAACUAUUGGAUAUUAAACAGAAGUGUACCACUGCCAAACAAGAACUAGCAAAUAACCUACAUGUCAGAUUGAAGUGGUGUUGCUUUGUAAUGCUUCACGCUGACCAAGAUGGAGAGAAAUUACAAGCCUUACUUCGCCUUGUAAUUGAGCUGUUAGAAAGAGUCAAGAUUGUUGAAGCUCUUAGUACAGUUCCUCAGAUGUACUGCUUAGCUGUUGUUGAGGUUGUAAGGAGAAAAAUGUUCAUAAAACACUACAGGGAGUGGGCUGGUGCUUUAGUCAAAGAUGGAAAGCAGUUAUAUGAAGCUGAAAAAUCAAAAAGGGAAUCUUUUGGGAAAUUAUUCAGGAAGUCUUUCUUAAGAAAUCAUCUGUUUAGGGGCCUGGACUCUUGGCCUUCUUCAUUUUGUACUCAGAAGCCUCGAAAGUUUGACUGUGAACUUCCAGAUAUUUCAUUAAAAGAUUUACAGUUUUUGCAAUCAUUUUGUCCUUCAGAAGUUCAACCAUUCCUCAGGGUUCCUUUACUUUGUGACUUUGAACCUCUACACCAGCAUGUCAUGGCUCUUCAUAAUUUGGUAAAAGCAGCACAAAGUUUAGAUGAGAUGUCACAGACCAUUACAGAUCUUCUGAGUGAACAAAAGACCUCUGCGAGUCAGGCAUCCCCCCAGUCGGCUUCAUCACCAAGGAUAGAAAGUGCAACAGGAAUUAGUACUACUACCUCAUCAAGAACUCCUCCUCCACUGACUGUUCAGGAUCCCUUAUGCCCUGCAGUAUGUCCCUUAGAAGAAUUAUCUCCAGAUAGCAUUGAUGCACAUACAUUUGAUUUUGAAACUAUCCCCCAUCCAAACAUAGAACAGACACUUGAUCAAGGUUCCUUAGACUUGGAUUCAUUAGCAGAAAGUCCUGAGUCAGAUUUUAUGUCUGCUGUGAAUGAAUUUGUAAUAGAAGAAAAUUUAUCAUCUCCUAAUCCUAUAAGUGAUCCCCAAAGCCCAGAAAUGAUGGUCGAGUCACUUUAUUCAUCAGUUAUUAAUGCAAUAGAUAGUAGACGGAUGCAGGAUACAAAUAUUUGUAGUAAAGAGGAUUCAGGAGAUCAUGCUUCUAGCGUCCAGUUGGAAAAAUGUAGAGUCGUUGCCCAAGACUCUCAUGUCAGUAUACAAAUCAUCAAGGAAAAGCUUUGCUACUUCAGAACAUUUGUUCAAAAAGAAAAGUGUGACUUCUCUAACUCUUUAAAAUGUACAGCAUUAGAAAUAAGAAACAUGAUAGAAAAAAUAAAGUGUUCUCUAGUAAUAACACUACAAGAAAAACAUCAGAAAGAACUUCAGACUUUAAAAAAUGAAUAUGAAGUUAAACUUGAUGCACUAAUAAAGGAGAGUGAAGAAAAUGAAAAGAAAAUUAAAAAAUUGAAAGGAGACAUAGUAUGUCUCGAGGAGGUUUUGCAGAGUAAAGAUAAUGAGUUUGCUUUGGUUAAACAUGAGAAAGAAGCUGUCAUCUGCCUGCAGAAUGAAAAGGAUCAGAAAUUGUUAGAAAUGGAAAAUAUAAUGCACACUCAAAGUUGUGAAAUUAAAGAGCUGAAAGAGUCCCGAGAAACAGUGUUGGGAGACUUGAAAAAACUCCAUAUUGAAAAUGAUGAGAAGAUACAACUAUUAAGAGCAGAAUUACAGUGUUUAGAGCAAAGUCAUCUUAAGGAAUUAGAGGACACACUACAAUUGGCCAUGAGCCAAGAGCAGGACAGAGAACAGUUAAUUCAGAAGCUUACUUGUGACAAAGAAGAAGCCAUUCAGACUGCUCUGAAGGAAUUCAAAAUGGAAAGAGAGGCUGUGGAGAAAGAAUUACUAGAAAAAGUUCAACAUCUUGAGACUCAGUUAGCAAAAUGUCUUGCAACUGAAUCUGUCAGAGAUGAUUCUUCAAGUUUAGUUUCUGAACUUCAAGAAAAGCUUCAGGAGGAAAAAGCUAAGUUUCUAGAACAACUUGAAGAGCAAGAAAAAAGAAAAAAUGAAGAAAUGCAAAAUGUUCGAACAUCUUUGAUUGCUGAACAACAGACCAAUUUUAACACUGUUUUAACAAGAGAGAAAAAGAGAAAAGAGACUAUAAUAAAUGAUCUCAGUGAUAAGUUAAAAAGCACAAUGCAGCAACAAGAACGAGAUAAAGAUUUGAUAGAAUCACUUUCUGAAGACCGAGCUCGUUUGCUUGAGGAAAAGAAAAAACUUGAAGAAGAAGUCAGUAAGUUACGCAGUGGCAGCUUUGUUCCUUCCCCUUAUGUAGCUGCUGCCCCAGAGUAUUAUGGAGCUUGUGCACCUGAUCUUCCUGGUGAAACAGAGAAAUCCACCAUGGAUACAGCAGAGGAAGGGAAAUUAGAGUCAGCAAUGGAGACAAGCAUGAUGUCUGUACAAGAAAAUAUACAUAUGUUAUCUGAAGAAAAACAGAGGAUAAUGCUCUUAGAACGGACACUGCAAUUAAAAGAAGAAGAAAAUAAGCGGUUAAAUCAAAGACUUAUGUCUCAGAGCAUGUCUUCAGUAUCUUCAAGACAUUCUGAAAAGAUAGCUAUUCGAGAUUUCCAGGUGGGAGAUUUGGUACUCAUCAUCCUAGAUGAACGCCAUGACAAUUAUGUAUUAUUUACUGUUAGCCCUACUUUAUACUUUCUGCAUUCAGAGUCUCUACCUGGCCUGGAUCUCAAACCAGGUGAGGGUGCUUCAGGUGCAUCUAGAAGACCCUGGGUACUUGGAAAAGUAAUGGAAAAGGAAUAUUGCCAAGCAAAGAAGGCACAAAACCGAUUUAAAGUUCCUUUGGGGACAAAGUUUUAUAGAGUGAAAGCGGUGUCCUGGAAUAAGAAAGUUUAAUAGAAGAAAUUAAUAACAUUUUUGACCCGUCUUACAGCAUCAUUUAUCACUCCCAAAACAGGCCAUCCUUUUAUACAGAGUCAGCGUGACAGUACUCUUCCUUGAUGUACAACAUUGACUUUUUAACUGGCUACAUUUAGCAACAAUAAAUUCAUCAGACUCUUGGCUGAAUUAAAAUGGUUUUAUUUUGGGUUUUUGUUUGGUUUUGGUUUUAUUUUUUUUAAACCCAGAUAAUUCUAGAAAUGCGGACCAAACUAGUUCAUUUUCUCAAAGGGCAUACAUACCCUGUGCAUUAUGGCUUGUAAUUAGCCAUAUUAAUUGCCUGUUAAAUAUACAUUAGCUUGAACUUAGAUG